AGCUCAAGAACAGAACCAAUCGCAAACAACACCUUUAUGCCAGGCGUGCUGAACCGAGCGGCAACAACAGACAUACUCUACCCAACGGUUCCGGCGUGCGAUGGAACUCGACCCGUUAUCUGCACCGGGUGCCGAACGAUGAAGAUUUGCGUGGGCCUCCCGGAGCCAAACAAUCCAACUCAGCUUUGCCGUACGGAAACUCCCUUCUGCGAUUCUGAAACGGGUGCCUGUUCUACACUUCCGGACACAAGCCAUGCUGAGUGCUCCAAAGUCGAACCACCGAAUGUUUCACCUUUGUUCUACUGCACCGGGAAGGGCUUCUACCCGGAUCCGUAUUCGUGCUCCAGUUACUACUACUGUGAAGGGGAAAGUGUUCCUGGUGACCGAUACCAGUGCCCUCCUGGUUACAAGUACAACAGCAAGGCCAAACUGUGCCAUCGUGUCCCAAUCCAUUGCAAACCGGAAUUGUGCGAGGAGCUCAGUUGCGAACAGACAGCAGCCACUUUCAAACCAUACCCGUUAGAUUCGAAAUACUACUACUACUGCCAGUACGACGAAAGCGAUCCGACACCCCGAAUUUUGAUGUUGGCUUGCGAUGACGGUGCUAGCUUUGACCAGAACCUGUCGAGGUGCGUCUUCAGAUGCCCACGCGAGGGACUGUUUGCUAAGUCGUCAAACAGAAACAAGUACUUCCAAUGCUACAGGGCGAACCGAAAGUUUGUGUACGCCGAGCUUAGCUGCCCCAUUCCAGCGCAGGUGUUUGACGAUGUGAAGAAAGUGUGCGUAACUGAGUCGGUGUGA